UCGACGAGUUCCGGUGGCCUCUCUCGCGGGGAUUGGCUGUUGGCGGCGUUGCGGCCGAGCUCGUGUGCAGCGGGGAUCUCGGCAGCGGCUGCGACGAAAGAGUUCGCCACGAUGUCUCACACCAUUUUGCUAGUCCAGCCUACCAAGAGGCCAGAAGGUAGAACUUACGCCGACUACGAAUCUGUGAAUGAGUGCAUGGAAGGCGUUUGUAAAAUGUACGAAGAGCAUCUGAAGAGAAUGAACCCCAACAGUCCCUCCAUUACAUACGACAUCAGCCAGUUGUUUGACUUUAUUGAUGAUCUGGCGGACCUCAGCUGUCUUGUUUACCGAGCUGAUACCCAGACAUACCAGCCUUACAACAAAGACUGGAUUAAGGAGAAGAUCUACGUGCUCCUUCGUCGGCAGGCGCAACAGGCUGGGAAAUAGUUGAGUUGGAAGCAUCUGGGGAGGGGGUGGGCCUGGAACACAGCCGUGGACAGUGUGCUGUAGUGGGGGGGUUGUAUUAUACUAGUCCUAUGUCCAUCGUAUGAACACUGUAGCCAGGAUUGAAUGUGUUCCAUGAAAUGUGAGGAUUUUGUUCAACCUGAACUUCCUGUUGAUUCCAUCACUCCCCCCACCUUUUCUUUUUUCUUUCUUUCUUUCUUUUUUUUUAUACUUAAACAUUUUUACGAUGGCUUACAAGAAAACUGUUCCUUGUCGGUUAAUGUUAGUUCCAAAUCUUCCACAUGUCCAUAUCCACUUUAUAACCUUCACUGUAUUAACCCUUCUGCAAAAUAAUAGUGGGGGUGGGGGUGGUAACAACAGUUACUUACAUCCUCAAGAUAAAAAUCCUAGCAAAAAAUAAAUGCUCUUUAGUUAUAUUUUC